UUCGGCCGAGCGCCGCCGCUCUUCUUCCCGCCGCCUCGGAGGCUCCGCGCGGGGAGCAGGGGCGCCCUCUCCGGAUCUUCCCCACCGCGGGGGAUCUUAGGAUCGGCCGCCUCCCCUUCCGGUUGGGGUUGGGGGGCUUCCGGGGUUGCCCUGGGAAACCCUCGAGUCCCGAGAGAGGUGAGCAUCCUUAGUGGGGAUCAGCAGCUCGGCCAGGCCUUCGUGCGGGAGAGCCCAUGCCGACGAGCGUGUGCUCACACUCGGUCGCGCACCAGCCCUGCAGCCACACUCACCUUCCUCGGACCCGCACAGUUUUCCUAAGGGGGAAGAUUGCACUUUUGACAGAAAUGAGAAGUUGUUGGGAGAUUUCAAAUUUCCUUUAAGAAAAGAUCUCAUCUAGACAAAGAUAUAGGAGCAGUGGGCAUUUCUCAGGACGUGGAAGAGGAUGCUCUGUGCUCAGUUACACAGCACCAGGACUUUCAGAGAUACUGCUGCCCUUGAAGAGUUUGCAAAAUGAUCGAGUUUCUCUGCUGUCAUUGGCCAAAACUAGAAUAAGACUCAAUGACUCUGAUCCUGCACUAAGUAGCCCUUCCACCGAAUAUGGAGAGCCUGGAGAGAGAACACGCCUCAGAGGCCAAUGACCAGGUGGUGGCCUUGGGAGAAAUAUUUCUCCUGCCUCAGCAGGAAAGUAAAGAAUUUCCAGAAGUUGUCCCUGAAUUCCCUGAAACUGUGAAGGGUCCAUUGGAAACCAGACCAGGGUCCCUGCCAAGAGGAAUCCUGAAGGAGAGAGAAGGAGCAGUGCUCUUGUGGGGUGAUCAAGCGAUGCUGGAAACCAAUAUGCAACCAGCUGUUUGUUUUGAUGGAGAGGAAGUAGCUGCUCUGCAACUAGAUCAGGGCCCCUUGACCUUGGAGGAGGUGGUUGUAUAUUUUACUGAAGCAGAGUGGGAACUGCUGGGUCCUGAACAGAAAGCUCUCCACCAAGAAAUUAUGGAGGAAAUCAAUGGGAUUUUAUCUUCUCUUGGUGAUAAAUGGAAAAAUAAGGAUAAAGGAAAACCAUGUCCACCUCAGAGAAUCUGCAUAAGAAAGAAACUAUGCAUAUGCUUGGAAUGUGGAAAGUGUUUGAGUUCUAACACCAACCUACGUCGACAUCAAAAAAUUCACAGUGGGGAGGGAUCAUGUACGUGCCUGGAAUGUGGAAAGUGCUUCAGUACAAAGGACAAGCUGAUUAUACAUAGAAGAAGUCACACAGGGGAGAAACCUUAUAAAUGCCUAGAGUGUGGAAAAUGCUGGACUUCAAAUACGAACCUACGUAGACAUCAAAGAACUCAUACUGGGGAGAAACCAUACCAGUGCUCGCAAUGUGGAAAGUGUUUUGCUGGCAGUCCAGACCUUAUUGCUCAUAAAAGGAUUCAUACAGGGGAGAAACCCUAUAAAUGUUUAGAGUGUGAUAAAUACUUUGCUCGCAGUUCAGACCUUAUUAAACAUAAAAAAAUUCACACAGGAGAGAAACCCUAUCAAUGCCUGGAGUGUGGAAAAUGCUUUAUACAUAGUCCAGACCUUAUAACGCAUAAAAGAACUCACACAGGAGAAAAACCCUAUAAAUGCCUGGAGUGUGGAAAAUGUUUUGCUGGCAGUCCGAACCUUAUUACACACAAAAGAAUUCAUACUGGGGAGAAACCCUAUAAAUGCUUGGAGUGUGGAAAAUGCUUUGCUCGCAGUUCAGACCUUGUUAAACAUAAAAAAAAUCACACCGGUGAAAAGCCACAUAAGUGUGUAGAGUGUGGAAAAUGCUUUGCUCGCAGUCCAGACCUCAUUACACAUAAAAGAAUUCAUACAGGGGAGAAGCCUUAUAUGUGUUUGGAUUGUGGUAAAUGCUUUGCUCGCAGUUCAGACCUUGUUAAACACAAAAAAAAUCACACAGGGGAAAAGCCCCAUCAGUGUUUAGAAUGUGGAAAGUGUUUCAUUACAAAGACAAACCUUAGCAAACAUAAAAGAACUCACACUGGAGAGAGACCGUACAAAUGUUCAAAAUGUGAAAAGAGUUUCAGUCAGAGGAUAAAUCUCACUUCCCAUGAAAGAACUCACACGGGGGAGAAGCCCUAUAAAUGUUUGGAAUGUGGAAAGAGCUUUGUUACAAAAACAAACCUUAAUACGCAUAAACGAACACACACUGGAGAGAGACCCUAUAAAUGCUUGGAAUGUGAAAAGAGUUUUAAUCAGAGGAUUCAUCUUGACUCCCACCAAAGAAUUCAUACAGGGGAGAAGCUACAUAAAUGUUUGGAAUGUGGGAAGAGUUUCAGUCGGAGGAUAAAUCUUAUUUCCCAUGAAAGAACCCACACGGGGGAGAAACCCUAUAAAUGUUUGGAAUGUGGAAAAAGCUUUGUUACAAAGACAAAUCUUAACACACACAAACGAACACACACUGGAGAGAGGCCGUAUGAAUGCUGGAAAUGUGGAAAGAGUUUUAAUCAAAGGAUUCAUCUCAGUUCUCAUCAAAGGACUCAUCUUGCUAGAAAAGAUAAAUUAUAGGUGGAAGUUUUAAAAUAUUUUUUAUGUAUGAAAUAACUGCCUUAAUUAUAGUGAUAAUAGCAUAAUCGUAAUAAUACUAUUGGUAGGUAAAGCAAGAGGUCUGCAUUGAAACGAGUUUAAUGUUUGGUGGAAAAUGAUCUUGUUGGUCUUAUGAAGCUGGUAACUGAUGGUCUCCUGCUGAGAGCAAUAGAAACUUGUACUGAUGGGAUAAGAUGGCUAGUGAAUUUUGCCUAGAUUUAUGCCUAGAGGCAUAAAACAUUAUUUGUAGUGCCUGUGAAAUAUCAAUAUGCUCUUAUACAAAGUGAUGUUUAGCAUAGCAAAAUUAGGAUUUCAAAAAAGGAAAAAAUCAGGAGAGGAAAGAAAAUCCUUCACUUUGUGAACCUGUGUUAGAUCAGCUAAUUUGAAACCUGAUGUCCAAGAGGAUGUUAGAACUAUAAUAAAUGAAGCAUUUAAUCUGUUUCCAGCCAAGAAGAAAUUUCCUCUCGAAGACCGCUAUUAAAAAAAAAAAAACAAUAAUUGGAAAGAGUCAAAGAUUGUAGUCGAUAUCUAUUUGUCAGUACAGUUUUCCAGAACAUAGUGAGAACAUGAUCCUUCUUUUUAACUAACUGGUUAAAAGAUUGACCUUGAAAUUUGAAGUAGAUGAUUUUUAAGUUCAGUUGGCAGAUGGCCAAGGGAGAGUGAUCCAAGAUAUGCUAACUUUUCCUUUAAGAAAAGAUACUUAGAGCCCUUGUGAGCUUAAUGAGGUUUAAUAUGCAGUCUGAAAUACAGAUUUUUCAAGACUAUCUUAUGAAACACUUCACUGCAAGCUAUGCACAACAUUGUUUCAAGAAGAGGUAAUUUCUUAAUUGAGGCUUCCCAUUUAAAAUUCUAAUAAAUCUCAAAAGAUGUCAACAUCUCAAAAGAUUAAAGCACUGAAUUAAAAAGUUUCAGACAAUUAAAAUUAAAACUUUGGCUGAUUUACAUGAUGCUACGGAUAAAGCUGACAGAUUUUGAACAUUUGCUGGAAAGAGACAAGAUGUGAACAGCCAAGCUACAGGUGUUUCAAACUUUAUAUAUUAGAUACAGGGGACAGAUAAAGGUUUUAAUCUGUCCAACAAAUUGAAUAAAGCCUUAUUCAAAUAAGGAAAUGAGAAUAGUGUGCAAUAUUCUUCCAUCUCAGUUAUCUGUAACAGUUAAUUAUCAGAUACUGAAUUGUCAGCUGUUGUGUUAAAAACAGUAGCAAUUAGUGGUUUAUGUUUGUAUUGAUUGCUGUAUUUCUUUAUAAAAUCAUUAAAAUGUAGCCCUACACCCAAGAGAUACUGUAAUAAAAGUGCACAAUUUGGGUCAGCCUGAGGCCUGCUGUGGCUUUUAUUAGGCACGCAAAAUGCCACAAUUCCAAAGGUUGAGCUGGGCCAGAAGCCAAAGUGAGUGGGACCAUUCCCAAUCCCUGACAAUAAGGUAAAAAAAUAAAGAUUCAACAGAGAGAAGGGCUUUAUGUUUUAUCUGUUUUACUAAAACUUAAUAAAAUGAGUGUAAGGCAUUUAAUGAAUUCCACAAUGUUGAAAUAAUAGUUUGAAGUACAUACAUGCCCUUCAGUAUCCUUUAGGAUGUCUGGUGAGUUAGUUGUUGAUGAGUCCUUAGCGUUGGGAAACGGUCCUAGUUACUGCUCUUUGCCACAAAUUACAUUUUAUUUUACAGGUAGUCCUUGGUUUACAUCCAUUCAUUCAGCAACUGU